GGCCAGAGUAGCUAGGAGAGAGAAAGAAAGAGGAGGGGGGAGGAAAAAUAGAAGUGGAGAGAUAAGAUACCCAGUGGAGGUGUUUAUUUAAGUGGUGUCAGAUCUCUAGCACAUACCAGGAACGGGGCUUGUUGGAGCUGACUUUUUUGGGGGGAGUCACACAAUACCGACGGAGACAGGCACAGUGACCGAGGGGGGUUGGAAAAGCUGAAAGGUAGUCAUUUAUUUGAUCUCGUUCAGGGUGACGGAGGGACAAGUGGGGCUUCUUCCUUUUUUUAUACCAUUUUCUCUCCCGUGCCACGUCCUGAGUGUGUCUGGGGUCAGCUAUGAGUAAACAGGCGACUCUGGCCACCUGUAUUGCCAGGAUGUAUGAAGGUGGCAAGCUGGAGAACUCCGGAACUCCACCCGGGACCAUUAAGAAGCCAAGUCCUACUUUGAUAGGUAGCCUGAGCAACGUGGAGGUCAAGCUGAAUGCCCUGGAAGGCAAGGUGGAACAGAUCGAACGUGUCCACACAGAGGUGCUCCAGAAGCUGAGCUCACUGUGUCAAGGGAUGGAAUCUUUGGAGAAGAGCCUUAUGCAACGCAAGGCGAGCGCUCAAGAAUCAAAUCUCAUCAAAAAUGUCCAUAGGGAGGACAACAAGAACCUGCUGCUUACUGAGGUCAGAUCACUGUGUGGAGAAACAGUGGAUCUGCUUCAUAAUCUCAAGCAGGAAAGCCAGCAGCAGAGAAAGAAGAUCGAAGGUAUGGAAAGUUCUUUGUCCAGUCAGGAUAAAGUACUGGGUUAUGUGCGGGAUACUUUCCGAAACUCAAAGAUAGUGGAGUUCAUCUUGAACGGUGUGGUUCCUUGGAGAAGGCAGGGCCUUCUGGAUGCGGUGAAGGAAGAGAAAACUCAGCCAGAUGGCAACAGCAUCAAGCAAAAUCUCUGUCAUCAAAGCACACAGACUUCAGAGGAGGUUAAAGAAGUACUUGCUGAUGAGCUUCAGCAGCCAGAGGUCACUGUUCCCACCGUGCCCAAGCUACCUUCUCCUGAUGCCCAUACAGAACCAAAUGAACCUUGUCUCAGUGAAGAAGUGUCCAGCAAAGCCUUACGUAAGGCCAAGGGGGUCACCGUAAAAAGCAGAGAGCCUACACGUGUCCAAACAUUUUCUCCUAAAGCCCAGCUGGAAGCUGAGAAGACCGAGGUGCGAGAUGGACCUAAACAGGAGAUAAAUAGCUCGGCUGCAGUGCCAGCUAACAUAAAAAAACAUGCCACGGUGACAACCCCUAAGGUGGAAGAUGUCACUGAACCAAAGAGGGCUCUUGAACAGGCAGAUGUUUCACAAGCUGGUGAACAGGCUGCACUCAAGCCAACAGUUCCUAAACAACAACAACAAGCAGAGCUGAAGGUUGACAUUCCUCAAAAACAGGCAGAAGUUCAACAAGCUGGUGAGACACCUUUACUUAAGCCAGCUGUACUCGCACAGCAACAAGUGGAGCCAGAUGUUGACGUACCUCAAAAACAGGCAGAAGUUCCACAAGCUGGUGAGAAACCUUUACUCAAGCCAGCAGUACUUGCACAGCAACAAGUGGAGCAGAAGCUUGAGGUUCCUCAAAAACAGGCAGAUGUCUCACGGGUUGGUAAGGAGCCCUUACUCAAGCCAGCAGUCUCAGAACGGAGACCUCAAGAACCUCAGCUCUCCACCAAAGAGCCUGUCAAAACGAAUGCCGGGCCUACGUCACAACCUAAAGAGACAGUAGAUAUAGUACCACCAUUGCCAAAACACGCUGAGUGUACUGCAGACUCUGAAACAGCUGUUGAGAGAAACCUAACAAACACUGUUGACAGGAUUUUGGAGUCUGAUAUUGUAAAGGACUGUGCAGCUCCUAGUUUACAAACAGCGGAAAAUGCAAAAGCAGGACUUCCAAGAAAAGCUGAGUCACACAUACUGAUAAUUGAUGACUGUCCACCUCUUCCAGCCCCGUUCGAACAUCGCAUUGUCAGUGCCAAGCAGGUUCCCAUGAGUACAUAUUAUGAAGUCAGUCCCAGUGAGCUGCUGGGAGGGGGUCGUUUUGGACAGGUGCAUAAGUGUGCCGAGCUGUCGUCAGGUCUUAUGCUGGCUGCUAAGAUUAUUAAAGUUCGGGGUAUGAAAGAGAGAGAUGAAGUAAAGAAUGAGAUUGGAGUUAUGAACCAGUUAAACCAUGUGAAUCUGAUUCAGCUGUAUGAUGCUUUUGAAUCUCGGACUAAUCUCACUCUCAUCAUGGAAUAUGUGGAGGGUGGUGAAUUGUUUGAACGAAUCGUUGAUGAGAAUUACCAGCUUACAGAGCUGGAUGCCAUUGUGUUUACCAGGCAGAUUUGUGAAGGGGUACAGUACCUUCACCAGCAGUACAUUCUACAUUUGGACCUUAAGCCAGAAAACAUAUUAUGUGUGAACACUACAGGGAAUCAGAUCAAGAUCAUUGACUUUGGGCUUGCCAGAAAAUAUAGGCCCAGAGAAAAACUGAAGGUCAACUUUGGAACACCAGAGUUCCUGGCACCAGAAGUUGUCAACUAUGAUUUUGUGUCAUUUCCUACAGACAUGUGGAGUGUUGGUGUUAUCACGUACAUGCUUUUGAGUGGCCUUUCUCCGUUCCUGGGUGACAACGACGCUGAGACAAUGAACAACAUUUUGCAUGCCAACUGGGAGUUUGACGCAGAGUCAUUUGAGAAUGUGUCAGAGGAAGCCAAAGACUUCAUUUCCAGACUUCUUGUUCCUGCCAAAUGUCGUCUCAGUGCAUCAGGGUGUAUGAAGCAUAGCUGGUUGAAUAACCUGGAAGACAAGGCCAAGAUGUACAAAGUUCGGCUGAAGUCCCAAAUGAGGCUGCAGCGUUAUCUUGUUGCUCACCGUCAGUGGAAGAAACACUUCUAUGCAGUUGCAGCAGCUAACAGGUUAAAGAGGUUUCAGCAAAAUAGAUCGGUCAGUACGCCAAAUUAGCUAUUCACCCGGAGGAUGGCAUUUGUAGCUCUUCUC